UUCAUGCUCAAUAUUACCAUGAUAUAUUCACUCUUUCCCCAUUUCACCACUAUUAUUAGAUUCAUUACGCUUCUUAUUUUUGUUCUUCUUUGUUCACCUUCUUGCUUUUGCACUCGUCAACCGCAGCCCUUGACUUCUUCUAAGGGUUUGUUGGUUGGAGAGAAAACCCGGCUCGGUUCAAUGCCACCGAGCUGCCACAACAAGUGCAACGCGUGCCAUCCGUGCAUGGCGGUCCAGGUCCCAACCCUGCCGAGAAGCGAACCGGUUCGGCCGAACCUGGACCGGGCUGUCGACCCGGUCGUGUUCUUUGACUCGCCUCGUAACAAGUACUCCAAUUACAAGCCUCUUGGUUGGAAAUGCCGUUGUGGUAAUCACUUUUUCAAUCCUUAGUGAAACCACUAAAAUGAAGGGGGG